UCUAGUCAGUCGACGAGCGAGCGUCGCCACGGACGGACGUGUCUCACGUGCCGUUCACAUAACGUUUUUAUAAUAAUAUUAUUUUUAUAUUUCCAGUGGCUGUGAUACAAGUGAUAAAUUAGUUUACAAUUAGCGACUUGUCGAGGUUGAAGGUGUACAGACAUGUUUAUAGACGAGAAUGAGACGCCUGACUCGUGGUGGGUGUCGGCGGCGUUGCGCGCGAUCCGUGCGGUGGCGCUGGUGUUCGACGUCAUCACCUUCCCCGUACACCUCGUGAUGCAGAGGCCCUGGAGGAAGAGGGCCCUCUCCAGGAGGAUCAAGGCUCGGAUAGUGGAGUCUUCGGACGUGAGCGUCACGGUGAGGUCGGUGUCGGCGCCCUGCGAGCUGCAUCAGAGACUGGUGAGGGACGGCGUCACCACCAUGGAGGCGAUGUUGAGGGCGGCGGCCGGCCGUUGGGGCGGAGCACCCUGUCUGGGGACCAGGGCCGUGCUGAGCGAGGAGGACGAGCCGCAAAACAACGGACGAGUCUUCAAGAAGUACAAGAUGGGUUCGUACUCGUGGCGGUCGUACGUGCAGUGCGCGCGGGAGGCUCGUCAGUUCGGUUCUGGUCUGCGGGCCCUGGGCUGCUCCCCGCGGACCAACCUCGCCAUGUUCGCGGAGACACGCGCCGAAUGGAUGAUCGCCGCUCACGGCGCCUUCACACAGAGUAUACCCGUGGUGACCAUAUACGCGACCCUGGGCGACGACGCCAUCGCUCACGGCAUCAACGAGACGCAGGUGUCCACCGUCAUCACCACACACGACCUGCUGCCCAAGUUCCGCAAGAUACUGGCCAAGACGCCGCGCGUGCGCACCAUCAUAUACAUGGAGGACCAGCUUAAGGAGACACCCAAGGACGGCUACAAGGAAGGCAUCAAGAUCGUUGGCUACAAGGAGGUCGUGGAGAUGGGCAAGCAGGCCAAGAACGAGCCCGUGCCGCCUGCUCCUCACGACACGGCCAUCAUAAUGUACACGUCGGGCUCCACCGGCGUCCCCAAGGGCGUGGUGCUCUCUCACCGCAACAUGGUGGCCACGCUGAAGGCUUUCGCGGACGCCGUCCCCAUACACGAGGGCGACGUGCUCAUGGGCUUCCUGCCGCUGGCGCACGUCUUCGAACUCCUGGCUGAAAGCCUCUGCGUCAUCGGAGGUGUUCCCAUCGGCUACUCCACGCCGCUGACCAUGUUGGACUCCAGCAGUAAGAUCAUGAAGGGCACGGCCGGGGACGCGUCCGUCCUCAGACCCACCUGCGUCACCACCGUGCCCUUGAUCAUGGACCGCAUCAGUAAGGGCAUCACCGACAAGGUGUCUCGCAGCGGAGCCUUCGCCAGCGCCUUCUUCAAGUGGGCCUACGCGUACAAACUGGGCUGGAUGAGGCGAGGGUACGACACACCCAUCGUAGACGCUCUGGUGUUCAAGAAGGUGCGGUCGCUGUUGGGCGGGCGGGUGCGGCUCAUGAUCACGGGCGGGGCGCCGCUCGCCCCGGACACACAUACGCAGGUCCGCCUGUGUCUGUGCUGUGACGUGGUGGCCGGCUACGGACUCACCGAGACCACCUCCUGCGCCACCGUCAUGGAUCAGUUCGACAGGUCGACGGGUCGCGUGGGCGCGCCCACCACGGGCACCGACAUCCGCCUGGUCAAUUGGGAGGAAGGAAACUACCGCGUCACCAACAAGCCCUACCCACAGGGGGAGAUCGUCAUAGGAGGGGAGAGUGUGGCGGAGGGAUACUACGCUCAGGAGGAAAAGACGAGGGCCGAGUUCAUAGACGACGGAGGGCGGCGGUGGUUCAGGUCGGGAGACGUGGCCGAGCUGCAUCACGACGGAUGCAUCAAGAUCAUCGAUCGCAAGAAGGACCUGGUGAAGCUGCAGGCCGGAGAGUACGUGUCGCUGGGGAAGGUGGAGGCCGAGCUGAAGACAUGCCCCAUCGUGGAGAACAUCUGCGUGUACGGAGACAGCAGCAAGACAUACACCGUGGCGCUGCUGGUGCCCAACCAGAGACAUCUGGAGGAACUGGCGCUCAGGAUAGGAGUCACGGAGACGGACUUCGACAAGCUCUGUCAGAACAGCGAAGUGGAGAAGGCCGUGGUCAAGGAGCUCGCGGAACACGCCAGGAAAUGUGGGCUGGAGAAGUUCGAGGUCCCGGCGGCCGUGAAGCUGUGUGCCGAGGUGUGGUCCCCGGACAUGGGGCUGGUGACGGCCGCCUUCAAGAUCAAGAGGAAAGACAUCCAGGAGAGGUACCACGACGACAUCAAGCGGAUGUACGCGUCGUGAUGCGGCCCGCCCCGCCGCGCCCCGCCCCUCACCGGCGACACUUUGUAAUUUCUGUAUAGAUCGUUGGCCUUUCGUUUGCUGUUAUUGUAAAUUCGAGAUUUUUAGUUCACCGCGGAGAUUAGGACUAUGUAUAUGUAUCGCAUCACAUUCAACUAUGAGAUUUUAAGGAAAUUAUCGUGUAUGCCAAAAUACAUUUUUUUUAUAGAUUUAAUAACUAGCAGACCUAUGCCGUCAGUUUAGAAACGAUAUUAUGAAAAAAUACCUUGUAAUGGAGUCUGUGUGUGUUUUGAAGCGCUAAGUCGUGUACAUAAUUAUUUAUGUUAUAAAUUUGUAGUGUAUAUUGAUGUAAAAUUUGGAAGUCGCCGCUAGCCGCCAUCGUUUUUCUCGUCUGACUAUUUAGGACAAAAAUUAAAAAUGAUAGAUCUGAUGCGACCCCGGAGGCUCUCCGGCUCCGGGUCGGUCGCUCGCGGCCGGUGAAGGCGCGUCUCGUAGGUGACGUGUUGUGCGAGGGUCGUCCUCACGCGUCAUCCCGCGUCAUCCCGCUAGCCAGCAAGUGUCCCGUGGCGCGGACUAUAAAUGUUUGGAGGUGUUAGUGUAAGUUAUCGUGUAGUACUUAGUGGGCGGGAACACGCCGCUGUUGUAAUUCCGCAAUAAUUAAAUGUUACUAUUGAAUGUUGGUUGUCGGCGGCCGGCGGGGGGGAGGGGAGUCGUACGCAUAAUAUGACUCGGACUGUGAGGUCGGUGCGAGUUUAUUUUUGUACAUAGACAGGUGUUCUUCUCGUUCCUGAUGCGUCGUGGCUGGUUCAUGGACUCUUCUGUUCUUAUCGCUGUGUUGUUGCCGGUGUCUUCUCCCUCGCGGUGUUCAAGCGCAUGUUACAGUCUGUCGUCUUCGUCGCCAGCCGCAGUCGGACAGUGAGGCAUUUUUAAAACGCUCGUUGCAUUUCUUUAGGCAUUUAAACCCCGAGAAGUAUCCAACAUAGGCGUGUAAAUAUUGCCUGCUUAGCAGGCCGCUGUUCCUUCUAAUAAUCGGAUAUCUGCAUAUAUUGAAUUAUAAAUUAUUAAAUCCCCUCGGUGUAUUUCGAGACGUAUUCUCUACGUUGACAGACGACGUCAUAUUUUUCGAUGUAAUCUAUUCAAAUCUAAUCAAUGAAGUCUUCACUAUGUGAGUAGGCAGUAGGAGUCGUUUGCUCAGUUCAUGUUCGUUUGAAAUUAUAUAAAAUUUCAACUGAAAACAAUUUUUGUAUUAUUUAUUCAAUAAAUGUUAAUAAAAUCAG